AUGCACCCCAUCUCGCUCAUCACCCUCUUGACCGCCAGCGCCGUCUCGGUCUCGGCCUCCUCCGUCCCAGCCCACCGCCAGCGCCAGUCCAGCGUCAACCCCGAAGUCAUCCCCAAGUCCUUCGGCGUCACCGCCGGCCAGGGCAAGGACACAGUCCAAGUAGGCAGCUGCAUCGGCGCCAAGAACGCGCUGAUCCCCUGCUACUGCCCGCCGGCGCCCAACAGCCCGGAGUUCUUGAACAAGCUCACGACCGCGCUCACCAACGGCUUCAUCUUCAGCAAGGAUCAGGUCGCGAUGCCUAUCACGCUGGACAAGUUCAAUGAUGGCUCGGACACCUCGGCUGAUACCAACAAGCUCAGGGCUACGGCGAUGAUCCAGGUGCUGCAGAACUUUAACUUGACUACUAAGGGCGUUGGGUGCCCGGGUGUGUCGGUGCCGGUGCUGAACCAGAUGCAGCAGACUGGUGUGAUCGCGGCGCGUGGCUCGGGGGAUGAAUGA